AUGGGCAGCGUGGCUGUUUUCAAGGUCCUCAUUGUUCCGGCCGUCAUCUCCCUGAUCCUUUUCCUCACAUUGACCUUCGUCCUCGCUCCCCUCUGGCGCAAGACUCGCGAGCGCUACGGCCAAUACGUUCCCGUGCACGCGAUACAGAGCAGCACCCUCUCCUUCGGCCAAAGUGUUCGCAGUGGCGUCUCCGGCCUCAUGGAACGAUCAAUAUGGCGCCGAAACGCGUCCCAAGGCGUGGCCAUCGGCAGCGAUCACUCCGACGAUGGCUUUGCAUCCGAUGACGGCGAGGAGCUCGGUCAAGUCAACCAGAACACGCGGCAGGCUAUUGCCGAGGAUGCGCGACGCAGCAGCCCAGAGAGCACGAGGAGGUUGAGUAGGGAUUUGGAAGAAGGAUUCAGGGAUGACAGCGACGACGAGGACAAUGGGCGUCGAGCCAGAUAG